CAACAUUCAUGUGUGUCCUAGAUUCAUGGAACUAUUCAAGUUCAACUAAACCAAACACAAACAGCCCAUGUAACCUGAAACCAUUCCUUUCAUUCAUUCUACAACCAUGAGGCUACUCAGAAAAUCACUUUCCCACCACCUCUUCAAACCAAUCUCCAUUCCUUUCUAUACAUCCAAAUCCUCACCGCACCUUUCAUACUUCACAGCUCCCACCAAUCCAUCUCCAACACAAAACAUUGUUCCCACCAAUACCCACAUACCCAAUUCACCAAAACAAUCAAACCCCACUUUCAAAAAAGCCACACUUCAUGAUCGAAAUCAAAUCUUUAACAAUGAACCCAGUAAUCCAAACUUGUCCAAUUCUUCAAAACAAUCAAAAGCCAUCAAUACCCACAUAACAAAUUCAGCAAAAAAAUCAAACCCCACUUCCAAAACCACAUUUCUUGAUCAAAAUAACAUCUUUAAAAAUGAGCCCAGUUAUCCAAACUUGUUUAAUUCUUCAAAACAAUCAAAACCCAUUAUUAAGACCAAGAUUUAUCAUCUAAAUUCAUACAAGUUCAUUCAAACCAGGCCAUUCUCUAGUGGAAACAAUUCAAAUCCUGCUGAUUCUGCAAUCCCAGUUGUUUCCACUAUUGGUUCACCAUUUGAUGCUUCACAGCCUAUUGAUGCAGGCUCUUCAAUUCGAAAACCGAUUAGUCUAUGGCCUGGAAUGUACCAUUCGCCUGUGACAAAUGCUCUGUGGGAAGCAAGGUCGAGCAUAUUUGAAAAUGUUGUGGAUACAUCAACCGAUGGGGCUUCACAAGAAGAACUUGUGAAGAAAACUCCGGGGCAAAGCCGUACUAGUAUUGUGUAUAAGUUCUCGUCAGAUUAUAUACUCAGAGAGCAAUACAGGAAUCCAUGGAAUGAGAUUAGGAUGGGGAAGUUGUUGGAGGAUCUUGAUGCUCUUGCUGGAACCAUUGCAUUCAAGCACUGCUGCAAUGAUGAUGGCACAACAAGACCUUUGCUAUUAGUUACAGCUUCUGUUGACAAGAUGGUUCUGAAGAAACCCAUCCAAGUUGACGCUGAUUUGAAAAUAGUUGGUGCUGUUACAUGGGUUGGGCGGUCUUCCAUGGAGAUUCAACUAGAAGUGACUCAGUCCAAGAAAGAGGCCACAAAUGGGUUAGAUUCACUAUCUCUUAUAGCUAACUUCACAUUUGUGGCUCGGGAUUCCAACACCGGAAAAUCAGCUCUAGUUAAUCAGGUCUCACCUGAAAGUGAACAAGAGAAGAUACUUUGGGAGGAAGCAGAAGAAAGGAACAAACUUAGGAAAAAGAGGAGAGCAGAACGUAAAAAAGAUUUUGAGAAUGAAGAUUCAGAUAGGCUCAAUGCAUUGUUGGCCGAAGGGCGAAUCUUCUGUGAUAUGCCAGCAUUGGCAGACAGAGAUAGCAUCCUGAUUAGGGAUACUUGCCUUGAUAACUCUUUUAUUUGCCAGCCGCAACAAAGGAACAUCCAUGGUCGUAUUUUUGGAGGAUUUUUGAUGCGAAGAGCAUUUGAACUGGCCUUCUCAACAACUUAUGCCUUUGCUGGUGUACAACCACACUUUCUAGAAGUUGAUCAUGUUGAUUUCUUUAAACCUGUGGAUGUUGGAAAUUUCCUCCGGUUCAAGUCUUGUGUGCUCUACACUGAACUUGAGAACCCAGCUGAACCUCUGAUAAAUGUGGAAGUUGUUGCACAUGUUACAAGGCCUGAGUUCCGACGCAGUGAGGUGUCCAACAAAUUCUAUUUUACAUUCUCGGUCAAUCCUGAGGCUAUGAGAAGUGGACUGAAGAUUCGGAAUGUUGUUCCUGCUACAGAAGAGGAAGCACGGCGGGUGCUUGAACGCAAGGAUGCUGAGGGAUCUUAGUUUGGUAAAUCAUGAAUACAUCUUUCUUCUUCGUGAAAGAAUGAAGCAUAAGUGAAGAAAGUGUUACAGACUUUUCUUGAUUUUGAAAAGAUUAUCUUAGCUUGGACUACAGAGAAUCAGUAACAUUUUGGGAUUGGAAAGUAAACCAUUUGUGAUAUGUGGUUUACAAGAACAGUAGGUCCCUUCUUAGCUCAAGCGAGAACAAUAGAAAUUGGGAAAAAUUUAGGUACAAUUUCUUAGGUGUUGUAUUAUAGGUUCUUCAAUUAAAUCAAACAGUUUGAUUGCAUUGAUCAAUACAGCAAAAAUAAUGUUAUCCUCUCCCAAGGAUAAUUAAUUAAAUUGUUUGGCUUCUUGACUAUUGCAAUCACACGGUUGAAUUUAAUUAGGAAACCUAAGAUACAACGGCUAAAGAAUUGUGCUUAAGUUUUGUCCAUAAAAUUUCUUUUAGAAUCUCUCUCAAAUAAGACCAAGUUGACAUUUGAACCAGUAGCCCUCAAAACCCUUUGCCACCUUGGCCGAGUUGUAGGGAUAAGAUUUGAUUCGAUCAGGUAGCUUAAAGACUAUCGAAGUUAUUGAUGUAAAUGUCUACUCAUUUACCCGAGCACAUGUAUUCAUGACUGUCUUGUUCAUAA